AUGCAUCUCCGCUCGCGAUGCGGGAACCUUCUGGAGUACCUUAUCGUCCUUCUUCUUCUUUUUCUUCUGCAUACCUGCGAAGAACACCGCCACCGCAGGCUCCUCCUGCUCCUCACCAACACUUCCCGCCUUUCGACGGGCGAAAAGGCAACCUGGAUCCACCUACGAUCACGGCGCUGGCAGCUGCUGGACUAUGUUCGGAGAUGGGAUCGGCAGGACGUGCCGGUGACCAAGGCGGUCUGCAACACAUCACCACUUUGUCAUCUCAAGGAUAAAACCUCAGCUGCAACCUCGAAGGAGACUACAAGGUAAACUAAGUAGCACUCUGUUCAACGCGUCUGCUCACUUCUUCGAUUUCGGCAAUCGACCGACCAAUCGCCUGAAAGAAAGGUGAACUCCGGAAGGCAACGCCCCUGUGGAGAUUCACUGACGCCAACCGCAAAACGUCGUGGACUUCCCUGGUCGCGUACGCCGCCAACAUCAGGGCUCAUUUGUCGACAGCGACGGAGAAAUCUGUAAUCUACUCUUCGAGAAGACCAGGCUGCACACAGUCUACGUCGACCGCGGGACCCACACGAAAAAAGCUGCCUUUUUUAGAUGGUGUGCGGAUGAAAAAUGCCUGGAUGGGUCUCAAGGUUGAAGAGGAACAAGGCUACGCGGACCGUAACAAUAUUUUUCCGCCUCAAGCAAGGUGGUCUACGGCCUCUCGCACCUAAGGAACUGCGCCACCGCUCUUCACUGAGAAAUCAGAAAUUUGGAAGCGCUGAGCCGAACACUUCAGAUGCGUCCUCGGUCGAUCGUUCACAGUUUCCGACGCCGCUGUCGGCCGGCUCCCUCCCUUGGAAAGGAACACUAACCUGCACAUAAUACAAAAUCUACCUUUACAGGUAAUCGGCCGAAAACGCUGAAAAUCAUAAAGUAUACCACGACAUUUCAAGGCCAAUUGCGUCCGAAGUCUACAAGUACGGAGACCUUCGGCUGACGAACAGGUUAACUUCACUCUCCCACAAAGGCAGAUACCUCGGGACUUCAUAGGGGGGCGACUAUCGUCCACAUAUACUACCUCAGAGAAAACUGGCAACUCUGUAAGUCACAAAGGUAUCUCGCUGCUCAACAUCGCAGUGAAAUAUUCACUCGUGUCCUCAACCGUCUGAACACGCCCCUGAAGCAGGGACUUCUCCCAGAAUGCCCGCGUGGAGUUCGUAGGAGCCGUGGAACCAUCGAAAUAAUCGCCGCACCCCAUCAACUACAGGAGACGUGCCAACAGACGGAGGUCAGUCGUCGUCAAAUUGACGAAGGCUUUCGACACGGUCAAUCGCGAUGGCCUCUGGGAAGUAAUGUCGAAUUUGGAAGUCCUGACCACUAGACAAAUUAUGCGCCAACUUCACGAUGGAAUGAUGGCUCACGCUAGGGAAAGUAUCUGAAGCAUUUACGAUUGCCAAUAAGGCGAAGCAGUGCUGCGUACUCGUUGCCACCCGAUUUGGCCUCAUGUUCUCUCCGCCAUGCCGGUGGACGCCUACUGUGAGGAGCAGCCGGGGAUCGACAUCAACUGCCAGACCGACGCAAAACUGUUCAACAUCCGUCCCCUGAAAGCACAUUCGUGGAUAUCUACGGCCAGCGUCCACUGACUACUGUUCGUGGAUGACUGGGCGCUGAAAACCACAAGGGAAGAGGACGAACAACGGAGUGUGGACCUCCUCGCCUCCAAUUGCUCUAACUUCGAGCUGGCCAUUAACGCGGAUAAGACGGUAAUCAUGCACAAACCGCGCCCGGACUCCCUACAAAAGUCAACGGAAGCCAACUUGCAUCGGUGGGCACAUCCGCAUAACUCAGGGGCACAAUUUCACGGAAUACCAAGAUCGAUGACAAAGUGGCCCGUCCGAUCUCCAAGGCCAACCGAACAUCCCGCCACGUGCAUGACUCAGUUUGCAAUUGCCUGGAAGGAUCUCGCCCAGGAUCGACCGGCUUGGAGAAUGGCAGCGAAGACUGGAGCAGCACCAAACAAAGCCAACCGGAUUGCCAAAAAGAGCGGCUCGCGAGUCUCAAAUCUCGUGGACAAGCGGUUUCAGCACCCAAUCCCUGUCAUCAUUUUGACGAUGCCAACGGACGCCAUCACUGGCGGGUAA